AUGUCGUCCAGCGGCGGAGGAUGGGCGCAACUGCGCCAGCAAGCGCGGGCUCUUGAGCAGCAGACAGAGACUCAGUUCCACACAUACUCACAGUUCGCCUCGGCGCCCAACAUCCCCCAGAACCCCUCCGAAGACGAGCUGCGGACCGAGACGAAUCUGCAAGAGCUGCUCGAGAAGCGGGAAGCACUGGUCGGCCAACUGUCGAGACUGCUGGACUCGGAAGCGUCUGCCUCGGCGGUCAAGUUGAACAACCUCGCCCGCCACCGCGAGAUCCUGUCCGACCACCGCCGCGAGCUGUCCCGCAUAAAGUCCGCCAUCACCGAUGCGCGCAACCGGGCAAACCUUCUCUCCAACGUCCGAGAGGACAUCGACCAGUACCGCUCCGCGAACCCCGAGGCAGACUACAUGCUGGACGAGCGGAGUCGCAUUGACAACUCCCACAAUGUCGCCGACUCGGUGCUCAGCCAAGCGUAUGCGGUAAACGAGAACUUCAGGGUGCAGAGGGAGACGCUGGCGAGUGUCCAGAGGCGAAUAGUAGGUGCUGCCAGCCAGGUGCCGGGCAUCAACAGCUUAAUGGCGAGGAUCGGGUCGAAGAAGCGGAGGGACGGUAUCAUACUGGGGAGCUUCAUCGCGUUCUGCUUCCUGAUGCUACUAUGGUUCUGGUAA